CGUGCAUCAAUCGUUAUUCACUUGUUUGUACCGUGCAACAUUCAUUUCUGCACAGCAGCGAUGCAAACUAUUAGAUGUUAUUAAGCGUCUCCGUAAAGGGACUGAGAGUUGUUUCUCUUUGAUUUUGAUUUUUGAUUUUCAUUUUGAUUUUGAUUUGAUCUUGAUUGUGUUAGUUAUUGCUAUUACUUGCUAUUUACCAUUCAUUGUUUUUGCUUGUUUUUACUGCUCUCACACCGUACCCCUCCAAUCGAAACAAUGUCCAAUUACCAUGGAGAUCAUAUAUCGAGAUCUAGAUCCAAGGUCAAACCUGUUUUUAAAAAGCUGAUACAAAGCGAAAAGAAUUCACUAGAUCUGGAUCGCUCUGCUGCGGAACAACAAGAUGCCCUCGGGAUAUUUGAUUAUGGUGCUGGAUACAGUUCUCGCUCCUCUUACGACAUUGCAUACAACAGUCGAGAAGGAGGUAGAAGGGGGUUUCAUGCUCGUUCAACCAGCGGCACAUCUCAAUUUUCAACAACAACAACAGGCAGUGGCCCACGUUCUGGACCAUUCGUACAUCCUUUCCAGCAAACACCCCGACCUUACACUCCGCCGUUAGGUGCUUCCUAUCAAAACUCAAUUCGCGAAAGUGAAGCAACAAACAGCAGCCCUGCACUUACCGAAGAUGAGGAUCAGUUACGGCAUACUUUCCGUAGUACAGCCAAUUUAUCAAAUCAAGCAAACUCUAUGAGCAGUUCGGCGAAUCCUCUCUUGCAGCAAACCCUAAGGAUUCAAACAAAGCUACCCCCGACCUCCUCAAGACUUGGACUUGCGACGUCACGCACAAGUCUCUCCCUGACCCCUGAAGUACCCUCACCACUCGACACCAUGUCACCUACUACACCAGCUAUCCGGCGAUCCAUGGAAGGAUUUCGAAUUCGAAGUCGCAGUGAUGUUGAUAAUCGUCUGCGAUCGGAAACAAUACAAGAGGCACGCCGCAAGUUCCAAGAGAAAGAGAAGGCCAAAGAAGAAAAGGCGGCGAGGGAGGAAAUUCGAGCAAUGGAGAAGAAACAACAAAAGGAAGCAAGGCAGAUUGAAAGGGGACAUCGUCGUUCAUCUGCCAGUGACAACCUACCUACAAGAUCAAAGCGUUCCAAAUCUGACCUUACUAUACAUGAGAAAAGUGAAGGACUUUAUGGCCAGAGUUAUAAUACUGCAACUAUUUCUACUCCCCCAUUCCUUACCGAGGAACAGGGUUCACCUGGAGGAAGAAGUCAUACCACCAGGUCAAAUACCAAGAAGAAAACACACAGUGCUUGGACAAAACUCAUGAUGUGGUUAAGGACUCGGUUCUUGCGACUGGGUAAGAAGACUAGCAAGAAAUAACAUAUAUUGUCUUGAUCAAUGGAGCUGGGAUAGAGAUGUGAAGAUAUCAUACACCCACCUUACACUUUUAUCAACGGGUAUACCUCACACAUAUCCCAACCAUCCUCCAUCCUCCAUCUCCUGGAUAAGGCUUCCUGUCCACUUUCUUACUCUCUUUAAACAUAAUUUUGGGAUUUAUUUUGUCCUCUGGACAGGCGUUAGGCAGAUUCAAACAUGAUUCAUACCAGAGGACCGGCAUCGAAAUAUUUCGACUGCUUUUGUUUUUUCCCGUCACAUGCGACACAUCAGCGAGGCGUUUGGUUCACUCGUUUUUUUUUUAAAGUACAUUAAAGUACUUCUUUCUGGGAACAGGACCUCUGAUUAGGGAGAUUUUACAUAUUGGUGUUUGAUGGGGUUUGGUGCUUUGAUCAUUUUCCUUUUAUUGCUGGGCAAAGCAUCUUGCUUGCUCUUUGCAUACACAUGGAGGAGCUUUGGUUUUUAGGAAGUUUGUGUCUUUCUAUACUUGGAAGGGGGGAUUUAUGGGGUGUCUCUGUUCUUAGACUGGAUGGGAAUCGCUUGGGGACACAGAUUUGAUUUGCUUUUCUGGUGAUGGAAUGAGUGCAAUGGUGAUGGUGAUUGAGGGAGGAAGUGAAGUGAAAGUGGCUUGCAUGCCUUCAUGUAGCUAGCUAUCUUUGGAUAGGAGAUUGUGGUAUGCUUGGGAUAGAUAGGAUAAGCACAAUUAAAAAAACUUCCUUUUACAUUUUUUUGCUU